GCCCGUCUGCUGCCUCUCAUUACACACUGAUCUCUCCCUGCCGUCUCUCUGUUUACUGUCUCUCUCUGUCAUCAGCUCUACCUGCCUCGGAAAGCGAGCAAACAACACUGUGCAAGGUUUUAAAUGGGGGUGAAACACAUUCCCCCUCCAACUUUGGAUUUUUACAGUCUUUGAUUUAAACCCGAGAUGUUUUUUUGCAAAUUAGUCCUCAUGGAAGGAAUCUGACUCUCUCCAGCCUGUUGCUGCGUAUCUCCUGGUGGAGGUGAUCGAGCUGUCGGGUGGGGGGUGCCGUCAGAUACACAGUCACCCGGGGGGCGAGGGACACCUGUCGCAUGCUGCAGAUGGUACGGACCCUCGCCCAGUUCACCAUCGCCCUGGAGGAGAUGCAGGAGAGCGGAGAGAGCACCAGUGAUGAUGGAGGAGGAGGAGGAGGAGGGGCGGGUGAAGAGGUGGGCAGGACCGUCGCUGUCGAGCCCAAUGGAAACGGGGUUGGGGGAAGAGUGGGCGCCCCUCAGACCAGUGCUGAGCUCUUCCCACGUCACCUCCUUCUCUUUCUGUUGUUGUUCUGGUCUCAGGGCUACAUGAAGCCCCUCAAGCACCCGGAAAACUCGCCUCUCUGUGACCCGUCUCUGGUGGACGAGAUGUUCUACCAGAUCCCUGAGAUUCUGGAGCAUCACGAGCAGUUCCUGGAGCAGGUGCUGGACUGUGUCAACCAGUGGCAUGACAAACAGACUAUCGGACAUGUGCUCAUCCAGUCGUUUUCCAAAGAGAUCCUCGCCAAUAUUUAUUCAGCGUACAUCGACAACUUCAUGAACGCCAAAGAUGCAGUGAGAAUCGCCAAGGAGGCCAAGCCUGCUUUCCUAAAGUUUCUAGAGCAAAGCAUGCGUGAGAAUAAAGAGAAACAAGCUCUGGGUGAUCUGAUGAUAAAGCCAGUACAGCGGAUCCCACGAUACGAGCUGCUAGUUAAGGAUCUUCUGAAGCACACUCCUGAAGAUCACCCUGACUACCUGUUUUUGCUGGACGCCCAGAAGAACAUCAAGCGAUUGGCUGAGAGGAUCAACAAGGGCCGGCGCACCGCGGAGGAGCUGGAGAAAGAGACACGCGUCAUGCAGGAGAUCGAGGCGCACAUCGAGGGCGUGGAGCAUAUCCUGAAUCCACAGAGGACGUUUCUAAGACAAGAGAUGGUGGUGGAAGCGAAAACGGUGGGCGGUAAGAAGGACCGGUCUCUGUUUCUGUUCAGCGAUCUGCUCAUCUGCACCACGCUGAAGAGAAAGUCUGGAUCUCUGCGCAGGAGCUCCAUGAGUCUAUACGCCGCUGCUAGUGUCAUUGACACCUCGAGUAAAUAUAAGUUCCUGUGGAAACUGCCCUUAGAAGACAUUGAGGUGGUUAAAGGUUCUAAUCAAGCCACUAACAGAGAAAACAUCCAGAAAACCAUCAGCCGUCUGGAUGAAGAUCUCAGCACGCUUGGCCAAAUAAGCAAACUGUCAGAAACACUCAGUUUCCCUCAUCAGGUCUCAAUUCACAUCAAAUCAUUACUUUCCUCGGUUCACCGGGAGCUGGCCGAGAAGCAGUCUCUGGCCUUCAGCAUGACGUUACUGCCCACUAAACUAGAGCUGACCAGCACUUCAGCAGAAACCACCUUCAUCUUUGAGUUCAGCAGCCCUGACACCCGCAGUAACUUCGAGCAGGCCUUUGAGGAGGCCAAGAAGAAGCUCGCCAUGAACAAAGACCAGUGGGACCCUGAGUUCCUGAAGGCCAUUCCCAUCAUGAAGACGCGCAGCGGGAUGCAGUUCUCCUGCGCAUCCCCCAGUCACAGCUGUCCAGAGAACACGUAUGAGGUGUGGGUGUGUAACAGCGACGGGUACGUGGGUCAGGUGUGUCUGCUGAACAUCCGGGACGAGCCCACGGUGGAGGCCUGCAUCGCCGUCUGCUCCGCUCGCAUCAUCUGCAUCGCAGCCGUGCCGGGCCUGAAGAACAGAGAACGUGUGGGUCAUUCCACCCCCUCCGCCCCGUCUGAGUCAAACCCUACAGCGUCUGCACAACCCCAGCUCCACAUCUGCAUCUCCGGCUCAUCUCUGGAGCUCAGCAAGCCGCCCGCAGUCCCCGCCGCAGAGCUCGUGCCCUUCGAUAGCGAUGACACCGAUGAUGAAGACUCUCCCAGCCCUUCAUCCACACUGCAGAGCCAAGCCUCCCAUUCCACCAUCUCAUCCAGCUUCGGCAAUGAUGAAGCAGCCAUUUCAAAGGACGUGGCCACCGAGACCACCAGCUCCGAGGAGGAACAGGAGUUUCCCGUCCCGAGCACAUUCGGGGCCCCUCGGCUCAGUGCGGACAGUCCCGUGGACGGCCGAGCCAUGCGGCGGUCCAGUCGAGGCUCCUUCACCCGGGCCAGUCUGGAGGACCUGCUGAGCAUCGACCCCGAGGCGUAUCAGAGCUCCGUCUGGCUCGGGACCGAGGACGGCUGUAUUCAUGUGUACCAGUCAUCAGACAACAUCAGAAACAGGAAGAACAGUAUGAAGAUGCAGCACUCUGCUUCUAUCCUGUGUAUCCUGUAUCUUGACAACAAAGUGUUUGUGUCCCUGGCAAACGGGGAGGUGAUUGUUUAUCAGAGGGAGGCAGGAAGUUUCUGGGAUCCUCAGAGCUCUCAAACGCUGUGUCUGGGCUCUCCAACUGGACCCGUAACCAAAAUGGUUCCUGUGGCGGGAAAACUGUGGUGUGGCUGUCAGAACCGAGUCCUCAUCAUCAACACCAGCACUUUAGCACAAGAGCACUCAUUCCAGGUGGGUCAGGACAGCGGGCGCUGCGUGACCAGUAUCGUGAGCUAUGGUAAAGGCGUGUGGAUCGCUCUACAGGGCAGCGCUCAGGUGCGGCUCUAUCACGCCGCCACCUACGAGAGCCUGACCGAGGUCGACGUGGCACCAGCCGUGCACAAGAUGCUUGCAGGCUCUGAUGCCAUUAUCCGGCAGCACAAAGCAGCAUGUUUGCGGAUCACAGCUCUUCUGGCAUGUAAGGACCUGCUGUGGAUCGGCACCAGUGCAGGGGUGGUCCUGACUCUGGCCAUCCCGCCCGUGUCCUCCAGCACUGGGCCGGGCUCUCUGCGGGCUCCCCACCUCCCCAUGGGCUCCGCCCACGGACACACCGGACACGUCCGCUUCCUCACGUGCAUUGAGCUGCCAGAGGGCUUUGACGUCAACUUCCCACCGCCGUCCGAAUCCGUGAACUCUGCACAGAACAGCUCUGAGAGCAGCAGCGGAGGCCUGCAGAGACGAGACUCCUCCCGACGGCGCGCCUCCACCCUCCUGCCCACCAAAUCCAACCUGCUGGUCAUCAGCGGCGGAGACGGCUAUGAAGACUUCCGACUGACCAAUAGCAGCGAGACAGUGGGGCGGGACGACAGCACCAACCACUUACUGCUGUGGUGCGUGUAGCAGAAGCCCCGCCCCCUCAACACACUUCCCCCCUGAAACCCCGCCCCUUCCUGUUCUCUGAUGCGUUGUGCACAAGCAUGUAAGACGUCAACCAAUGGGGUGUUUGUUUUUCGUUCCAUUGUUUCUCGGUGUAAAAUAUCUCGAUCUCGCUUGCCAUGUGGUGUUUCCUGUGGCUGCUUUUGAAUAUUGUGUUGAAACUUAAAAAAACAGAGCGGACGAAAUUAUCAUUACCUUGAAGAAGAAAAGAGAAAAACCAGGAAAAGGUGAAGUAAAAAAGAAAGGAAGCAAGAAUUGUUGGAUAGAGAGUGGGUUUGAAUGCAUCACACGAGGCAGGGAGGAUUGUGGGUAAUGUGGAUGGACGUACAAAGUGGAAAGACAAGUUUUUCAUCCUUCACUUCAUCAGUCCACACACUACUGGUCUUGACAGACUGUGAUGUUUUUGUUAAAGCUCUCGUUUGUGUUGUUCGGGGCGAGAUGAGAGUUAAUCUUAUGUAACCAAUGUGCAAUAUAAGGCUAGAGUACCCGCGAACCGCUAUAUGACACUCACACUUUACUACUUCAGUAAUCAACAAACUCACAGUCAGAGUUAUUACACAUUAUAACAUUAUUCUUUUGGUUAUCGAAUCAUCUUUAUGUAUAAAAAAAAUAAGACUUCACUAUGUUAUGUGAAAGAACAGCAAUGACAUUCCAUAUAUAGGUAUUGUGACAAAAAACCUUUUGUACAGUAUUUAUGUUUUUUCAUUUUUAGUUAAGUCUUUUUUUUUAUAGCACUUAAUUUAUAAAUAAAGUAAUCUGGCGUUUUUCUCUACUGAAAGAUUUUGACGCUCAACUCAAGUUGGGUCAGUGAGGUUGCAUUUGUACCAUUUUUGAAAAAUGAUUCCGGUGAAUCUCACAAAGAAACAUCCUGGUCAUAUUUCACCCCAAA